GCAGCUCCACUCUGUAACGCCGUGGAGAGGAGUACAGCCAAGCUCGCAACUCGCAAGCGGAUAGGAAAGCGAAGGGGCCGGCGGACGGCAGCGGUGGGAUAAGGAGAAAGUGAAGGAUAGUUGAGGCGGAGGAAGGUGAAAUCGCAAGCCAUUGGUUGGUUUUUUCCCCCUCUGUCUCGUUAGGUUUUGGCACCUUGGUUUUCUUUGGAAUCAAAUGUUGGAGCGAGCGAAAAGUAAUUUGUUAAUGGGUGGGGAAAUCAUUAAAGUGGCUUUUGAUGGAAAGUCAGACCAUGCAGUAAGGAUGCUAGAUGAUGAGAAUUCUCAUAGGCAACAAGAACUGCCUCUUCUCAGUGAUCUGUGUGUGGAUGACGAUACAGCAGAAAAUAAGCAUAUUAUUCACAAGUCAUUAAAUCAAAAAAAGUCAGCUGCACUGAAACCAGCUAAUUCUGGAAAUUCACAGUCUAACCGCACUGUUCCUCAGCCUUUCACUCUUGCAACUGAAAAGCGUGCUUCUGGUGGACAUCACUCUAUCAUUUCUGUAACUGUGAAUGCAGGCAAACACGCAACUGUAGAAUAUCUCCAGUCCAGAAAUAUCACAAACAAGCCUCAGGUGACCUAUCCAUUGAGAAGCUCAAUUCUCACAUCCAGGAAGCCUUUGCAACUUCAUAAUGCAACGCAAGCAGAUGAAGAAGAGUCUCACUCUUUUGCUUUAGCUACACCAUCUGUAAGAACUUUGAGAGGCAAAACAACUGUAGCAACUGCCCCUAGUUUCAGAUGCAGUGAGCGUGCAGACAAGAGAAAGGAGUUCUACUCCAAGUUGGAACAGAAACACCUAGCUUUGGAGGCAGAAAAAAAUCAGUCUGAAGCUAGGAUCCGGGAAGAGCAAGAGGCAGCUCUGAAAAAGUUGAGGAAGAGGUUAUCAUUCAAAGCACACCCAAUUCCUAGCUUCUACCAUGAGGGUCCUCCUCCGAAGGCUGAGCUAAAGAAGGUACCUCCUACUCGAGCGAAAUCCCCAAAACUCACUCGAAGAAAGAGCUACAACGAUGCCACCCCAGCUGAAGGACUCAACUGUGCUAGAACUUGCGGACAAUCUCAUCAUCACUGUGCCAUUGUUGACACUGAGGAUAUUAAGAAGAAUGUGAAAGGCAGAGAAAACAUCAAAUGCAGGCUCACUGUUAUUGAUCAGACAACGGCUGCAGUCAUGUUACGGACAUGAAAUGCAUUUUGGAUUUUAAUUUACCUCAAAAAAUUCAAACUGUAUCUAGAUGGUGUGAUGUUUGCGGAGCCUUUGAGAGCAAAUGGUGGGAUGCUUAAUGCUGUAAAUUGUGUUAUUUAUAUACAUGCGAGUAAGAAGAUGAGAGUUGCUUACUAUUUAUUAUUUAUUUUCCAAGUAAGAGGUGUGUAUAUGUAUCUGUGCUAAACUAAAGAGCAGGCAGCUUGACUGCUUGUUAUUUGUUU